UCGAACACCGCUUUAGGGAAUUCCUUCCUCUCGUCGUGCGAUAUUUUCCCUCUUCCUCUUCCACAUCUACUUUUCUUCCACAGUGAGAGGAGGAAGCUCCCGAAAAUGGCCAACGACACUCACACCGAUGACUUAGACGAGCUGAUUUCAAUUGAUUUCCUCGCAUGUUCACGAAUUCUUUGUGUAUAUAGGGAUUGGUAAUACGUUCUGUCUUCUGAGAUUCUUUGUGGGUUCGUCUCUAAAACUGAGAAUUCUGGGUUUUCUGUGUGGCUUUCUCAGGCGCUUUGGAUGAUUUCAAAGAUCUCAAUAUUACUCAGAGGAGUGGAGGUGAGAAAAAAAGAAGAUGGUGGUAGUAAAGAGACCGAGUCAUUGCCGAGUGGGAUUCAAGGUCUUGGAAUGGGUUUACCAGAUAUGAGGAGCAAGAAGAAAGGAAAGCAGAAGGUUGCAAAAGAGAACCAUGUUGCAGAGGCUCUUAAUAAACUCAGGGAACAAACCAGAGAAACUGUCAAGGGGCUUGAGUCCUUGUCAUCGAAGCAGCAUCAGCCGCCGGGUUCUGAUGAUGCCAUGGUCGAAGACUGGAUCAAGGAAUUCGAAAAUCUUACUGGAUCUCAGGCUGAUGGAACUUUGAACGAAGCAGCUAUAUUCCUAAUGUAACAAAGGCCUUAAGGACUCGUUUGGUCUCAGAGUUGGGGAAGCUUGCAAGAUUAUAGUAACUUGGAGCAACAUCUACAAGCCAUUCACCGCGAAUAUGUGUAACAGUUCGGAUGAAAUUCCGGCUUGUGAAAACAUAUUCGUUGUAAACGACCCACUCUGGUUUGUGAUCCAAGCAGUUUGAAGGAUGCAGGUGAACCACUUGGUUGUUAUCUUUGACGGUCAAGUAGUGGCCAGUGCGAUCUAGGUGAGCCACUUGCAUGAAAUAACCGGCAAGCAAGGCCUUUCUUAUGUUGACGUAGUAGUCAGGGCUGUUGAAACCCGUGCUGCACAGCUUCAUCUUAAACCUCGACAUGAU